AUGAAUCUAGGUGCAGACAUGCGCGUGGACGACCACAGAGACUGGAGUUGUGGUGAUACGGCAAGUGAAGAGAGCAUCGAAACCAGCCUCUCCUCUGGCCGCCUAGCCUGCCGGCUUCUGGCCGAGCCUGCUGUACAAGCUGCAGUCUCCGGGCCGAACGUACCCGCGCACACUCUAGCCCCUCCUAUUGCAAUCAUCUCGCAGAUCCGAGCGCCCUGUCUGCCCCUAUCGCUUGCUCACUCGCUCUUUCACUCUGCCUUUGCAAGUAGCCCUACUCAUAGUCUAUCCGGCCGACGGUUUCUCCUGUUAUCGCUCUCUCGCCAUGGCUCCGAGACUUAUUCUUUUCGUCCUGCCAUUGCCUACACACAAGUCAAUCGGAAAGUGUCACUGGCAUCAGAACAUCCGAAAAAUGCACACCACCAUCGCUCUCCUCCCACAUACAGGCUCACCAAUCAGGGCGACACGCGCCGGCAGCAGAAAGUCGCGCCAGCGUCGGAGACAAGGUGUGGCAAAACAAAGGACGAGGAGCAGCAGAGUUUGCAUCCGUCGCGUUCACUGUCGAGGCUUGAAUCUGCUUUCUACAGAGCCUCCAACUACAAAGAGGAUGCAAUCUGGCAAGGUUAG